GGGAAAGAGGCGGUUUGCCUUAGUUGCCGUUAGAUUCGGCAGUAUUUGAGGCAUUUGAGGAUAUUUAUUUAAAAAGAUGUGAGUGGAAUUUCCCCACCUACCGACCGGUCUGUUAAUAUGGGCGGGACGUUCUGACUCUGGAUGUGAAAUUGAAGCUGAUAACGGGGAGCAAUUGGAGGCUUUUGGAUACAACCCUGGAGGUGCAAAAAAUUUUCUGGACCAAUACAGAAAUAGCAUCCCAAGGAGAGGCUGAGAAGUGUGAGUGGGCGAUCUGGUCUGUGCAUGGCCCGUUAUCUCUUUGGUGUCGGACGCGAUCUUGGACGCUAAACCCCUUCGGUGCAGGUCUUAUCCACGUCCUCGCUUCGCCCUUGGAGCCUCGAUCUGGGAUUGACUCUUUUUAAUCUCGCUCAUUUCAGUUUUUCGUAACGGUAGGAUAAACAAGCUCAACACUACUGUGCGUAGUACGUGGGGGAUCUGUGACAUUUUUCAUAUUGGCAUCCCGCCCAAAGCGCCAGACAGUUCCGUGGAGAAAUAAUAGGGAGGAAAACUCUUGUAGCCAAUACCAGUGCGAGGCUGUCUUCCGCCCUCCGUGUGUUCUGUCAAAUCAUGACAGGAAGCUUUGACAUGCUAGUCUUAUUGACUAAGCCGUGCAUGUCGGAUGUAGUCUCGUCUGGGGAUGGUGUAAUCUGCAUUGCAGCAAAAAAAGACAGCCGCCAUCGUCUGGAAACUAUUGAAGCGGGAAAGAAGCGGUCUUGACUCUCUGACUUCGAGUCUGUCUUCUUGUUCAUGACAACCUGAAUCAUGCGAUCAGUUGUCUGGUGAAGAGACACGACCGUGUUCAGACUGUCAUCUUGGAGAGUGCCAGACGCAAAAAAGAGAAGAGGCUCUAGCUUUUUAUGGCUGAGACCCACAUACGCGAACGAACAAUCUGGAGGCUCUCCAAGUGUGUCAGCCACGAGCGUUGGGUUUUGCUUUUGCUUUGUCUUGGAGAUUUCCCGCCCUUUGACUUCGCAGGUUCAUUUGGGGAUGAGGAUCAGUGGGCGACAAGCAUCGUGAGACGUUUGGACCUGGGGUUUGUCCGUCGUCCACUGAAAUAACAGCGGGUAUGGGCACGGAUGAUACUGUAUCACAGCAUGGUUAUUGACAUGGAUUAGCAUCUGGGCAAAUGGCAUGCCAUGGAGCUUCAGGUCCUGUUUUGUAGAUCUUAGUAAUUGGUCCAAGGACCAGUGUUGCAGUUGCACCGGAAAAGUCUGGGGGAGGCUCCCGGCUGAGACUUUGUUAGUAUCUCGAGAUGUUGUGUAUGUGUUGGUUGGGAGCAUUAUUUUUUUCCAAGACAGAAAAGAGAAGGAAAAAGAAAAAAAGAGUGUGUGGUGAGACAAUGAAAGAAUGAGCGCGUGGUUUCUGUGACGACAUACGUCAUUGACGACAAAGAUGUCACGAGUUACCAUGCACUGCGUUUGUUGACCUGGCGGACGUUGUGCUCCCCUCUAUCAAAUGAAAUCCUGGUAAGCGAAUUGGCUUGGCUUCUUCUUUUUGGCUUUCGUUCAAUAUGCACGGAAUUUCCAAUGGGCAUAGAGCUCUUCUGGACGUGCCCCGUGCUCUGGUUCAACAAGGGGCUCUGCCUUGGAAAUACACAAUUCAGUGAUACAGUGCAAGGAGGCUCAGACUCAAGGUUGCGGUGCAAGCCAUGAACUCACUCGUGUGGCACAUACAUGGAAAUGCGAGCCUCAUAAUGUCGGUGAAGCUUUUAUUCUUUGAAGGAUUGACCAUGUCGUAUUGAGCCAUCGAGAUUGACGAUUUUCUGUUAAAUCCAUCUACCGAGAGCUAACGCUCCUGCAAUGGUAGUUCAGAGAGUCGGGCCCUGAUUCAUUGCCCUGAACGGCGCGUCCGGAUGACACGGAGCGGACGAUACGGAGGAGCGAGUCUGGACAUGGGGGCAGGGAGUAUUUUGGAUCGUGAGGCACGCACGCAAGCAAUUGGGGAAAGGCGCGAGAAGCUGAAGCUCUAGGCUCACUGUGUGUCACCGACUCGACUCCACCUCUCAGUUUGAUGAGGUGAGGAUGAUUGAUAGCUUUGGCACUUUUUUGUCCACAUUAUUUUUCUGGUCCAAAGCUGUUUCUGUUCCCCACGUCUCGCUUCGCUUGCUUCACCUCGUUCCUCCAGACCAUGCUCUACAUAUCUAGCUUUCUUGAUAAUUCGUCAUCGUGGAUUAGUUGCUGAUAUCAUCAUCUUGUCUACCUCACCAUUGAAGCAGUCAGCUUGGAAGUUUAACUGGGAUGCACACUCCUCCCCACGAACUUUCAGAGACAUUUCUGUUUUCCCCACCUCGUCCCAAGAAUGCUCAGUUCACUUGGCGUGCGCCACGGAGACCUCUCAUUCGAUGAUCUGACCCGGCCUUGGGAACAACUUUGGGGAGAGUGGCCUGUUUCUGUUUCUGUUUGACUUCCUAGGUUCACUUUUUCUGAAUCCUCACCAUGACGACCUGUUUAUUGUCUCUGUGAAUCUGUAUAGACUUGACUUUCCCCGUUUCCUUUUUUGAAUCUUUCUUCUUUUUCUUUCUUUUCUGUUUUCAGCUUGUAAAUCAUUCAUUGGUGCUUCAAAAAAGCCAUCUAGUCAUUCAUUCACUACUACAUUCAUUCAUUUUUUUACUGCUUACAACUCUCUUUUGACUGUUUUCUAUUUUGCUUGAAUUAUUCAGCCAUUCAUAACACCACUCGCUACUCCAUAAACUACACACACUAAAACCUUCCGGCGCAUCCUCAAACCGAAGCAGGCCAAACCAAGAGAGCCCCCCAUCUGCUUGCUGCUCUAACGUUAACUUGAUACCCAUGCCCCGGUAGCGGUAGCAUUGGAUCUCCGCUUCGACUGUCGCCAUCCUAGCAGUUUCGUUUUUUUUAUCUGUCGAUUCGCGUUUUGAUACGACACCUAUCUGCGCUACCGGAACUGCCUUGCUCAGAUCAUAUCCACUCUCUCUUCAAUCAGGUUCAGUGCAAAUCAUUUCUCACCAGAAACCUCAUAUCAUCUCAUUUUCCUUAAACAAUUGUCUGUCAUAUGCUUUCAUCGGCUUCCACGUUUCAAUUGCCGAUAUUUCCCAACCCAUCCCACGCUCAGGUUUCGCCUCUCACUUCUCCUUUGUCCCCCGCCGCCGCCAUCUGACGUUUUCCUGCAAAGCAUCCUUACACAUCCGGUAACCAUCAGCAUCCGGUAACAUCAUUCAUCUACAAACGUACAUGCAUAAGACAAAAAACCACACACUGAUUAUCAAAUCGUCAAUCUUUCUCUUCUUCUUUAUUAGUCUUUCUUUCUAUUUUCUUAUAUUAUUGCCCGUCAAGCCCAGUUGUAAAUCUUCAGCAAAUCGGCAGACGCCAAUCUCCGCCAUCCCAACUCAAAAAACACCGCGAAUCUACACACACAAAUCCACAACACCAAGUCUUGAUCUGGUUUGGUUGGGGGUCUUUUUUUGCCGCCGCCUCUGAUAAUCUUGGUGAUUACUUCAAUUCACGCAUUUUGAGGGAAUAUCAAAAGCCUCUUCCUGUCGGAUUGAACUGUAGCUUCAUUUCAUCAAAGCAUCCUUCUUCUGCUUCUCUCCACUACUCCAUACUCGAACUCGAGUUCUAUCCACAUCGAUCCUACCCCCCAGAGAAAGCACAGCACAGAAUUGUGGUCGUCCCCGACUUGAACUCCACCGCAUGGAGAGAGUCUAUCUAUUGGAUACUACACAGAAUCAAUAAUACAAUACAACAGAAGACACAAGAAGAGUACGGAUAAGAUUACUGUAACAGAACAGAUAUCUCGUAAGUGCACAACAGCCAGUACAGACAGACAGACAGAAGAUGAUGCCACCCCCUCCCUCUAUCAUAAACCCUACCAUCCACUCCCUAACCCAUCCCCCAUCCCAUCUGUGGCUCUGCCCAUCCCAACCAAAAACUCGUUAGCCCACCCCUGGCCUGCAACUCAAAUCCUGCCCACUGCUCAUCCCUGCCCAUUAACACCCACCACCAUCCCAAAGAAACCACCACCAGACGGCCCAUGCCUACGCGGCUCUCAACCUUGUAGCUCGCUAGCCUCUAGUCCCAUGCCGCUCAGGCCGGGCCCCGGUGCUGCCCUCACACCUCUGGACAGGGCCAAGGCAGCGUAGAAAAGAGUUUUGUACCUUGGUUUUUUAAUUGGGACCUGGGUGGGCUUGGCUUGACUUGACUUGACCUUGGGGUGUUCAAUUCGCCUGCAGCGCAAGACUCAAAACCACCUGCUCCCCGCAGCACUCUUAUCCUCGAUUCCCUUCAGCAUCUCCACCAGCUCUGAUUGCUGUCGACGAGUUUAUGACCACCGACUGACUGACUUUACUUCAACAGACUUCCUUCUCAAGUCUUUGUUAUCAGCAGCCUCUUUUCAUUGUAUUUUGUUUUACUGUUUGGUCAUUGAUUGAUUUUGUCUUUGUUGGUUUCUUGUUUCAUGUCGCCAUCGUCCUCAUCCUCAUCGCCAUCAUCGUCUCGACGAGCCUCCUAAUCCGACGACUCUUCUCGCUCACGUUCAACGGAUCCAUCUGCUGUAUCACUUCACUGUGAUACCCUCAACCCAACCACCGUCAAUUGCUGAACUGUACCAUUCGUGGAAAUCUAUCUGCUCUGUUGCUGGAAUAUUGCCAGAGCAUUUGUUUUUCUCGAGCUGUAUCGUUUGCCUGCCUAUUUUUUGUUGGGGUGCGCAUUGAUAAUUUCAUCGUGUAAGUAGUGCACUGCACCUUAUCGUCCACUGAAAACCACCAUCACUGCACUCACUGCACUCCCCUGUGGAUGCACCUGGACCUCAGCACAGCACCGUCCUUUUGUUUCACUCGUCCUCUUAUUGUCAUCCAUCGCAACAAUCGUCAAACAAUUAAAAACAAUCGUCAUUCUUCAUUCUUCAUUUUUCAUCAAUAGCCUGUGAAAGCCUUGUUACUACCAAUUGUCCCCCAUCAGCUCUAUCUUUUCCCCCAUUUCUUCGUCUAAUUAUGCAUCGCCACAAAAAUUCCUUGUUUCUUAACCAUGCUAAUCAGUGCCUUCCCCAUUAUUAGACCUGAUCUCGAUCACCUUCUGCGCCUGCCUUGAUCUUCAUCGCAUACGCUAAGAGAAAGAGAAAAGAAAAAACCACUUCUCGCUGUAGCGCAUUCCGCGCAACUGCCCUUGAAUCUCUCCAUCACGAGAAGAGAGCUUCUCAUCUCGAAAACCUCAUUUAUCCACCUGGGUUACUUCUUUUACUUUAUCCUCCACGUGGUGAAGCGAAGUUCCUGGCAAACGGCUUCCACGGAAUAACCUCCUCCUCUCUUCCCCCCUUCUUCUCCCUCUAAUCACCACACAACCCACCUUGGGAAUGCCUUACACGCCGCCCUCACAUCGAUCUCCCGCUUCGUCAGCCUCCGCAUCGCCUGUAGCGAGUCGGCGGUCGUCGCUACAAUCGAGCCCGAGACCUAGUCUACCCCGAUCUGCUUCUUAUCUUACAAAGCAUCGACGAACACCUUCAGCUUCAGCCCUUAGCGAUGGAUCAACAGGGACGCUGACACCGCAGGGAACAUCGGAGGAUCUUAAGAGCAUGGGCACAGCUGUUCCUUCAAGCGUGAGACAAUCACCACCACCCGUCACAGACGAACGCACAAUGCCCAUGGGUGCCAUCAUCUCGCCACCUGAUUCUGCUUCCUCCGGUAGCGACGACGAGGAGCAAGAACCACAAAUUCGAGGUCGAAAGCUUGACAAGGCUCUGCGGGACGCUGUCAGCCAGAUCCCCAUGCAACGUUCAUCAUCUCCCCCACGAUCACAAUUGCAGCAUCAAGACAGCACAGAACAUCUUCAGCUCCGCCGCAAGGAUGGUGUGCAUCUCAGCUUCAGCACAAGCGCACUAGGUGAUCUCGCAAAGGGCCGUAAGAUGGGACACGUUCGAUCAGCCACCGAGCCAAACGCUGGCCUCUCCAAGUCAAACGACAACUCGAUAUCAGUAUCAGAGGAGGAGUCUGACGAGGACCUGCUUAAGAAGCCUCAAAUGGUGCGAAAGAAGUCUGGUGAGCUAGUCCGACCUGCCCUCCGUCCUUCUUCUCGACGACGUCCCUCAAGCAUGCCCGGUACCCCCAUCUUCUCCAAGGCUGUUCACUUUGAUUCACACCUCGAGCACGUCCGACACUUCUUGCAAGUGGACCGACCUCUGGCUGUGAGUGCUGGAUCUUCGCCAAUCGACAGCUACGAGAGUGAUACCGAGUAUCCCUUCCCUGGCAAUGGCAAGCAGACUGCCCGCACCCCUCCUUUUGAGUGGGAGAUCCUUACCACAAACUUCCCUCACGACUCAGCCGCACGUAAGUCGUUGCCCGUUCGACUGGAAAAGGUUUGGCUCUCGGCCGACCAAAAGACCCUUCUGGGCUCUGUGGCAGUCGCCAACAUUGCCUUCUCCAAGGCCGUUACCUGCCGUUUCACUCUGGAUUACUGGAAGACCACCUCGGAGGUUGCCGCUGACUACAGCCACGAGAUCCGCCCUCGGGAAACACCGCUGGGUCAUGAUCGCUUUACCUUUUCCAUCAAGCUUGCUGACACGGCCAACCUCGAGUCAAAGACACUCUUCCUCUGCAUCCGCUAUGCCGUCAACGGACAGGAGUACUGGGACAACAACAGCAGCUCUAACUUCCAGGUCGACUUCCGAAAGAAGCAUCUGCCCAUGAACGGGAAGAACAACUUCCAGGGCGCCUCUUCCCGACCCGCUAAUGGCCUUCCCCGGAGUAGCCGACGCACCAACAGCGCCAAUGUCCCCCGACCCAAGUCGAUGCCUGCUGGCUUCGGUGACUUUGGUGACGAUGCUAAGCUCAACUUUGACCAGCCUAUCCACGAGUAUCUCGGCGAGUCUGAGAACAGCACUGGCGGCCUCCGUCUCAAGUCCAAGUCGGCUGGCAACCUUGCUAGCGAUAACCUCUCCAAGGAUUUUGGCUCGCCUAGCGGACUUGCCUUCUCCAACCGUUAUGACUUUGGUGCUUCCUUGAGUGCUGCUGUCCAGGCCGCGAAGGACAAGGAGGCCUCUCAGGAUAAGGAUGGACUUUAUAUGAAGGCCAACGUCCGGACUCCCAAGCCCACCCUCACUGUCCCUGAGCCUGCCACCAACGCUAAGAGCCAGUCUACCACUGGAGCUACCUCUCCCAACUCGACCAUCUCCAGCUCUUCGUAUGAAGAGUUGGUCAACAAGUACUGCUUUUUUGGAUCAAAACAGUCGAGUCCUAACAUGAAGGACGGUACACUCAGCGGUGCCCGCUUCGACGGUGCUGCCGGCGGAAAUCACCAUCGCCGCAGCUAUACCACCUCACUUGGAAGCCCGAACGGAAAUGCCCAUCACGCCGGACCUGCAGCUCACCAUACCCUUCAGUUGCACGGCGCCUUGAGCCCUCCUUCCGGUGCUUCAACACCACAGGAUGCGUUCCGUGCCAACAGUACUUCGCCUUCACCGAGACCUUCAGCCACGGCUAGGUCGGCUUCACCCGCCUUCGUGUCGUUUGAUGCUACACCAUCCAACGAUCUGUCGUACCAUGUCCAGCAACAAAUGAUGGAUCGGUUUCCCUGGUCUGAUGGACAUGCUGCUACGGCGAUCCGAGGAUAGAAUCGUACCGGCGACCGUGGAAUUAGGUUGGACUGUUAACAUCCACCGGCAACACAGCAUCAAGAGCAACCCAAGAUUGCAUUACUAUCUUGAUAUCUAAUAACCCUUCAACACUUAUGGGACAAGACAACAUCAUGUUUGUCGCCCAACAUCACUACUCUACCCCGGCUGUUUGAUCCGAAACAGCACAGCCCUUUGACAUACAGUCGCUGGGAAUGCUUCUACGGCUGACGGCCACAAUUGUUUGGCGUUUACGGUAAUGGACUUGUGCUAGCCUGGCAUGGCGAGCCGGGCAUCCGCAUCGGAGUUUGGGAGCCAUGUUUACCUGCGAGUCCUGAUUUCCUCGUUUGCUCUCGCGGAAUAUCACCCGCUUCUGUUUUACUCUUGUUUUUUAAUCGGAAUUUUCUGGCCAUCAUCACCGCUUCACCCCGACGCUUGCUUCUCGCCGUUGAACGGACAGAGACAUUCUUUAAUGCGGGUUUUGCGUGUGAUGUGACAGACCAUUGUGUUUUAUCUUGACGUCUGCGGAUAGUUGAGCGAAGCCUGGUUUUACGCGUGUCACGAAUGUCUCCCGAGGCGUAUGCCUAAACGAUGACUUGAUUGAAUGCGAAGACUGUAAUGGCGAAUGGACAGGACAAUUGGGAAUGGAUUCAAAAAAGUUUGCCUUCCGAUGAAUGCAAUGCAAUACGAAGGAUUGUGUUUGGAAGGGAGGAAAGGAGUUGGGUCAGAACAGAUAUACAUUAUACUAUACACUACAAAGCUGCCAGAAUGCGAUGCAGGUACAGCUCAAGAGAAUCAUUUGCACCUCUGACUUUUAUCCCA